GUGUAUUUUGAAGAUGCACUUUAUAAGGAAAGCGUGAAUCGACGUCGAUUCAUAUUAUUAUAUUUUUUUGUUGAUAAUUUGAGAUAAUUAAUACAUUAUACUGAUUUUGAUUAUUGUUCUCGGGAGGCACGGCAUUUAGAGAAUGUGUUUACCUUAUUUGACAGCCAGUUCAAUGCCAACAGGGUUUAUGGUUGAUGAAUGACAUUCACACAGAGCAGUCGACAUUGCCCUGUCCAUGUCAAGACUGUCUACAAUCUUUUCACUGGAAUACGUUUGUAAGCCCGAAGCAGGUUGAAGAUGCGACUUCGGACUGUCCUGGGAAUAGGCAUUGGGACGUUCAGUGUCCUGGUUGGGGGGGGUAAAGGUCUACUGAAGAAUGGACCACAGACGUGCAGGUGGAGACUACAAGGAAGAAGACAGUACAGCUUUUUGCCAGAUGAUGUCAAAUCCCCACGAGCUGUCGUCAAUCCAGAUAUAUCGAAAAUCCGGAACAUUGGCAUCAUGGCACACAUAGAUGCAGGGAAGACCACCACCACAGAGAGAAUGCUGUAUUACUCUGGAUACACCAGGGCUUUGGGAGAUGUUGAUGACGGGGACACUGUGACAGACUUCAUGGUUCAGGAGAGGGAGCGGGGAAUCACCAUACAGUCUGCUGCAGUCACCUUCGACUGGAAAAAGCACAGGAUUAACCUCAUAGAUACGCCAGGACAUGUUGACUUUACUCUGGAGGUGGAGCGAGCCCUGCGUGUGUUGGAUGGGGCGGUGGCAGUGUUUGAUGCCUCUGCUGGCGUUGAGGCUCAGACUCUGACAGUGUGGCGGCAGGCUGAGAAACAUCAUGUACCUUGUAUCUGUUUCCUGAACAAGAUGGACAAGCCUGGGGCCAGUUUACACUUUUCCAUUGAGAGCAUAAAGAAGAAACUAAAAGCCAAUCCUGUGCUCCUCCAGAUUCCAAUUGGCAGCGGGAAGAGCUUCACAGGAUUGAUUGACUUGAUUACCAACCAGCAAAUGACGUGGCGGGUGAAAUCCAGAGCAGAGGAUGGCCGUGUCUUUGAGACCAAAUCUCUCAGCCAAUCAGAUGACCCGGAACUUCUUCAGGAUGCUAUGGAGGCCAGAGCAGCUCUGAUAGAACAGGUUGCUGAUCUGGAUGAUGAGUUUGCGGAGCUGUUACUUGGAGUUUACGGUGAAAAUUUUGAUGCGGUACCUCCUGCCAAACUCCAGGAGGCAGUGCGGAGGGUGACUCUGGCACGUAAAGGAGUCCCUGUGCUCUGUGGGAGCUCUCUGAGGAACAAAGGUGUUCAGCCUCUCCUGGACGCCAUCACAGCCUACCUCCCUGCCCCAAACGAGAGGCACCAUGACCUAGUGCGUUGGUACCAGGAUGACCUGUGUGCCCUGGCCUUCAAGGUGGUGCAUGACAAGCAGCGAGGUCCUCUGGUGUUUGUGAGGAUCUACUCUGGGACCAUGAAGCCCCAGUCUGCUGUCCUCAACAUCAACAGGAACAACACAGAGAGGAUGAGUCGGCUGCUGCUGCCAUUUGCUGACCAGCAUGUGGAGAUACCUUCUCUGACUGCAGGAAACAUUGCACUCUGUGUGGGCCUCAAGCAGACAGUGACAGGGGACACUAUUGUGUCCUCCAAGGCCUCGGCAGUGGCUGCGGUCCGGCGGGCCCAGAAGGAGAAGGAGGGGGAGAGGAAGAGGGGUGGAGAGCAGGCCAGUCUGGUGCUGGCUGGAGUGGAGGUCCCCGAGCCUGUCUUCUUCUGCUCCAUAGAACCCCCCACUAUGUCUAGACAGGCAGAUCUGGAGAAUGCCCUGACCUGCCUCCAGAGAGAAGACCCUAGCCUGAAGGUCAGGGUAGAUUCAGACUCUGGACAGACCAUUCUGUGUGGAAUGGGAGAGCUGCACAUUGAGAUCCUCCAUGAUCGGAUCAGGAGAGAGUACGGCAUCGAGACCCACCUGGGACCUCUACAGGUGGCCUACAGGGAGACCAUCCUCCAAUCAAUGGCCACCACAGACACGCUGGACCGUACAGUUGGGGAGAGGAGACACAUGGUGACUGUGAGUGUGGCGGUCUGCCCCAUCAUGGACUCCUCCUCCUCCUCGCUCACUUCCUGUGAAAUUACCUACGAUGAGGAAGUGGAGGAGCAGCUGUCCCCUGACGUCAGGGACGCCGUGGAGAACGGCGUAAACAGCUCUUAUCUCCAAGGUCCGUUGCUUGGUUACCCGGUCCAGGGCGUGUCCACUAUGAUCCAGAGUGUGAGCAUGGAGCCGGGGACGUCUCUAGCUAUGUUGUCUGCCUGCGUGUCCCGCUGUAUGCUCAAGGCUCUGAGGCAGGCAGGGGGGCAGGUGCUGGAGCCUGUGAUGUCACUGGAGGUGACAGUGGGGGAGGAGCACCUGAGCUCUGUGCUGGGUGACCUGGCUCAGAGACGAGGGGCCAUCCGGGACAUCCAGAGUCGCCAUGACAGCAAGGUGCUGCUUGCCACCGCACCCCUGGCUGAGAUGAUGGGCUACUCCACCGCCCUGCGAACUCUGACCUCUGGCAACGCCACCUUCUCCCUCCAGCUGGACAUCUAUGAGGCCAUGAACCCCCAACACCAGAAUGCCCUGCUCAACAAGAUGGCCGGCCUCGCCUGAUGACAUCACGCAGAGAUGGAAGAGUAAUUCUGGGAAAUGUAAGCCAGCAGGAAUGUCCAUUUACAGUGCCUUCAGAAAGUAUUCAUGUUGUGUUGCAGACUAAAUUCAAAAUGGAUUAAAUAUAUUUUUCUCUCCCCCAUCUACAUACAAUAUACCAUAAUAACAAAGUGAAAACAUGUUUUUAAAAAAUUCAGCUAAUUUAUUGAAAAUUAAAUGCAGGAAUAUCUGAUUUACAUGUAAGUCAAUACUUUGUAGAAGUACCUUUUUGGCAGUGUUUACAGCUGUGAGUCUCUUAAGAGCUUUCCACAGCUGGAUUGUGCAACAUUUGCUCAUUAUUCUUUUUAAAAUUAUUCAAGCUCUGUCAAAUUGGUUGUUCAUCAUUGCUAGACAACCAUUUUCAGGUAUUGCCAUAGAUUUUCAAGUAGAUUUAAGUCAAACCCGAAACUCGGACACUCAGGAACAUUCACUGUCUUCUUGGUAAGCAAACUCCAGUGUAGAUUUGGCCUUGUUUUAGGUUAUUGUCCUGCUGAAAGGUGAAUUCAUCUCCCAGUGUCUGCUGGAAAGCAGACGGAACCAAGUUUUCCUCUAUGCUUGAAAAAAAUGGAGUGGUACUCAGUAUGUGUUGUAUUGGAUUUGCCUCAAACAUAACUUUGUAUUCAGGACAAAAGUCAAAAGCCUUGCCACAUUUUUUGCAGUAUUACUUUAGUGAGGGUUUCUUAAAAAUAUAUAUAUAUAAUGUACACCCAGGGGGGGCACGAGGACCGAGUUUGGGAAACCCUGCUUUAGUGCCUUGUUGCAAAUGUUUCCUUUUCACUUUUGUCAAUUAGGUUAGUAUUGUGGUUUAACUACAAUGAUGUUGAGCCGUCCUCAGUUUUCUCCCAUCAAACUCUUAACUGUUUUUGUCACCAUUGGCCUUCAUGGUGAAAUGAGCGGUUUCCUUCUUCUCCGGCAACCGAGAUAGGAAGGACGCCUGUAUCUUUGGUGACUGGGUGUAUUGAUAACUUCACCAUGCUCAAAGGGAUAUUUGUCUGCUUUUGAAAAAAAUACAUGCCCUACUUUGCAAGGCAUUGGAAAACCUCCCUGGUCUUUGUGGUUAAAUCUGUUUGAAAUUCACUGCUUGACUGAGGAAUUACAGAUAAUUGUAUGUGUGGGGUAUAGAGAUGAGGUAGUCAUUCAAAAACUGUUAAACAGGGGCUCCAGAGUAACUCAGUGCAAGAGGCGUCACUACAGUCCCUGGUUUAAACCCAGGCUGUAUCACAUCCGGCCAUGAUUGGGAGUUCCGUAGUGUGGUGCACAAUUCUCCCAGCAUCAUAUGGGUUUGGCAAUCAUUGUAAAUAAGAAUUUGUUCUUAACUGACUUGCCUACUUCAAGGUUAAAUAAAAACACUAUUGCACACAGAGUCCAUGCAACGUAAGAACAUCUUUGCUCCUGAACUUUAGGCUUGCCAUAACAAAUGGGGUUGAAUCAAGACAUUUCAUUU